AUGGCCGAUCAGCUUACAGAAGAGCAGAUUGCUGAGUUUAAGGAGGCCUUCUCCUUGUUCGACAAGGAUGGCGAUGGAACGAUUACGACAAAGGAACUGGGGACGGUUAUGAGGUCACUUGGACAAAACCCUACUGAGUCCGAGCUUCAGGAUAUGAUUAAUGAAGUUGAUGCCGAUGGCAAUGGGACCAUUGACUUCCCUGAGUUCCUUACAAUGAUGGCCAGGAAGAUGAAGGACACUGAUAGCGAAGAAGAAAUCCGGGAAGCGUUCCGUGUGUUCGAUAAGGAUGGUAAUGGCUUGAUCUCCGCAGCCGAGCUACGGCAUGUGAUGACCAACCUUGGCGAAAAGCUAACUGACGAGGAAGUUGACGAAAUGAUCCGUGAGGCCGAUAUUGAUGGUGACGGGCAAGUGAAUUAUGAGGGGUGGACUGAAAAAGUGCCUGUCAUAUCUGACGAGGAUGUCUCGGGUGGUGCCAACCUAGUUGGCAGCUAG